AUGAAUAUUUAUUUCUUAUCAUUUCUUACUUUUUCUUCUUUCAUAUGCAGUAUUUUAAAAAUUUCUAAUGAUCUUACUUUUAAAACUAAAAAUAUUAGAAAGAACAAAGGUAGAGCUUCUGUUUAUGGAGGUCAGUUAAUUAGUAACUCUAUUUUUGCUGCUCAAAAAACUGUUGAUAAAGAUUUUUAUUGUCAUUCUUCACAUAUAUAUUUUUUAAAUGCCGUAAAUGUUGAUGGAUCACUUAUUUAUAAGGUCAAAAAAAUUCGUGACAGUAAGAAUUUUGCUUUAAGAAAAACUGAAGAACCAUCAAUUUGUCAUCAAGGAGUAAUGCCUGAUAUUCCAAAACCUGAAGAUUUAAAAGAACAAGAUUUUUAUAUGGAAGAACUUCAAAAAAUUAAUUUAAAAGAAUUAAAUUCAGGACAAAUUUUGUCUAUUAAUAUUGCAAAAAACUUUUAUCAUGAUUCUUUUUGUUAUCGUCGUAUUUAUAAACCAAUGACAUAUUUUUGUAUAGAAAGAGGUGAUGGUGGAUUACAAAAUUAUUAUUCCUGGAUACGUUCAUUUAUGUCUGAUUCAGGUAUAAUUGAUUAUGCACAAAAACAACAUAUUGUUGAAGGAUAUGUUCCUAAUUUUUCUACAUCUCUUGAUCAUUCUUUAUAUUUUCACACAUCUAACAUUAAUAUGAAUGAAUGGAUUUUACUUGAAGCAAUCUCUCCAAGAGCAGAAGGUGGACGGGCAAUUAUAAUGGGUAAAUUUUGGUCUAGAGAUGGUUUACAUUUAGCAACAUUAAUACAAGAAAGUCUUCAUAGAACUAAAGAAGCAAAAUCUAAAAUGUAA